GUACAGUCAUACUGGCGAGAGCUUCUUGUGCGUCGCCUAGCAACAACAUUAGCAACCGUUCUCACAGUUUGGCGGAAGGAUAGCUUUCCUCUUUAGCGUCAACUAUAAAAUCAUUAGCUUAACUGUAUGGUAGUUUUACAAGUUACAUACAAGUUUUAACAUUUAGCUUAACAACACUUGAAGCCUUUCUUUAACAUAUAUGACGGAGUAAAGGGCAUUUUUAACCAGCAUUUACGUUAAUUGUAAACUGUAAACUGAGUUAGCUAGUUAUGGGCUAGUUUAAAAUAAACGGUGUUUCACUAAGGCCCCGUUGACCGAGGAAUGCGCUUCGUCAUCACAGCUUUCCCCUGGGGUAAGAAGAAGGAGGAGGAGGUCGGGGAGGAAAGAGGAGGAGGGGUGUUCUCAGCUGGGACUUUCCUCACUGCCCUACAGAAAAAAGUUGAAUCACAGGGCACCACUUAGGAGAUGUUCCCCGGUGCCGCCACGGAGAAGGUAUGCGGACCAGUGUGUGGUGGUGGGGCCGCGGUGGUCUCCCCCUGCGCUCAGGAAUACUAACGUUACUUCUUUUAAUUCCUCCGCUUCUCCUCGUACUCCAGCUCCUCGUCGUCGGGGCACGGUUACCUCGAGCCGCAAGGGUGGGGGUGGAGGAGCAGGAGGGCGCGGUUGCCUUUUCCGUUAUUAGCAUCGAACCGGAGAGGAACUCACGCCAACGGGAAUCCCCAUCCCGGAGCCCGGGGCUGGAGCAGGAAGAGGAGGAGGAGGUAGAGGUGGAAGAUGGGGAAAGGAGGGAGGGGGCACAAGCGUUUGAGGAUGAGAACGAGAUGCACUCGCGCCAGAUGGGACCCAGAACAUUGGAGGUGCAGACGUGGGCGGCAGACAAACCAUCCUUCACAGCAGAACUCAAUCGUAUCAUCACAUAUAUCACCAGGCCACAGCUGAACUGCUCCAGGGUUUUGUCUCCAGGUCAGGCUCAGGCAUCACAGCCCCCUGCAGAGUCACCCCACUGGCUGCUGUGUGCUGAGGACUGGCUCCUUUCUGCUGCAGAUAGACCGUGUGUUGCAUACUCCUUUAGUAUGGAUGGGGAAGAUGCAGACUUUCUAAAGACCGUGUCAGGGCUGGGGUGUGAAGUCCACAGUUUUGAUCCCAGCAACUCCAAUGCAUCUGGUCUUCACCUUGGCAACAGUUUGGCUAGUAACCAUGGUGAUGGAGGCGUGGUCAGCCAGCACAAGCUAUGGCUGGAGUGGCGAGCUCCAAGAAAGCGCAAGCACAAGACAAGAGGCAACCUGGGUGCUGUUUCUCAAACACUGGCAGACAUCAUGGCAGCUCUGGGACAUCACACAGUUCACUUCCUAUAUGCUGACCUACUCAGUGCUGAGUGGCGAGUUUUCCAGAACUGGAUUGAGUCAGGAACUCUGCAGAGUGUCCAUCAUCUGGUUGCCACAGUGCACCUGCAAUGGGCAGGGUUUGAGGUGGGUGGAACCGCUGAGGAAGUGCUCCGCUAUUGGUUCAGCGUCCUACAGGGUCUCCAAGGUUCUGGACUCAAGCUGGUCCACAGCUCUGCAGGAGAGGGUCACAGUGUCCUAAAACAGACAGUAGCAAAUGCUCACAGCUCCUACACACUCAGUUGGGUCAACACAAGGCACUGACAUUGACACACAUAAAUGGACACAGGUGUACACACAUGACCAGACAUUGUGGAUGGCCUCAAACAAGAAGAAGGUUAAACUUAAAAUAGUUUUCGCUUUUCUUAUAAUGAACUUUUCCCCCAUCAUGUCAGGCACACACAGUUCUUAACAUGACACCGCCCUCUAGGGGAGAUGAAAGGAUCUGCCUUUUUAGGACUCCACCAUCAGAGGGAAAUACUGUUGUCUCAUGUACAUAAUACUGGCUAAUUUGACCUAAUAUGGAGCAGAAGGAAGGCUUGCUGAUUUAACUGGGCAACAGCGAAAUAAUAUAAUAAUUAGAUUUACACAUUUUAUUUUGUCUCACUUGCAACAUAAAAAACAGCAGAUAUAUGUAAAUUCAGCUACUGCUGGAUUGUGUCCUAAUUAGUCCUAAACACAAACAGCUGUCUGGCAGGUACCAACACAUUUGCAUUUCUUUUCUUUUUUUUAAAAAGUUGAAUCAUAGACCUGCGAUUUUAUCAAUAUCCUAUCAUAUUAUUAUAUCAUACAGUGCAACCCCUUUCACAUUAAUUUGAUCCAGCAGUAGUUUGAACGUAGAUUCAACAGAUUAUUUAAUGUAUUUGUGUACAUAUGCUUUUAUGUGCAAUAAUUCUUUACAUUGAAGAGAAGCUUAAAUUAUAUUGAGACUUAAUAGUGCCUACUGUGAAAUAUAUAAAAAUGUGUCCAUUCUACUGAAGCAUUUUUGCACUCUACUGUGUACUGUAUAACAAAGAAGAAAAUAAUGAAACCAUGUUAUAAACAUGCAUUAAUACCACAAUAAAAUACCAUAUAAAACCAGAAA